ACAUAUGCAUUGAUUAGUCAUCUCUUGCGUUACACUCAAUGCAAAAGUCCAUUGAAUGCCUCAUACAAUAGGCAUAUCAUAGGGGGAAAGGCGUCGCUGGCACUGGUUCAUUUGUUUUGCCCAUUUAUUAUUUAUUUCACCAUUAAGUUCAAUACACAAGUGUUUGGUGUCUCUCUCCAUAGCAUUGAACACUAAAAAACUUGUUUUCAAUUUGUGUCUCAUUUUUAUAAUCGGUUUUUGAGUUUUCAAAACACAAACACAUAUUCGUGUCCAUCGAGUGGUGAUCACUGCUUAAGAAGUUAUGGUUAAGGAUCGGCUACAAGAGCUCAGACAAGCACAGAUGGACGACGAUAACCACGUGGUGAUCAUCACCGAGAAUACAUCCCUUCGUAACUCAAUGGAUGUCUUUUUCCAAGAGGUGGAACAGAUCCGCCAAAGUCUUGACAAAAUGGAGGCUAACGUGAAAGAAGUGGACAAAAUUCAUUCAACUAUUUUAAGUUCACCACAAAAUGAUGACAAACUGAAGCAACAAUUAGAAGAUCUGAUGGCAGACAUCAAGAGAACCGCUCAAAGGGUGCGAACAAACUUAAAAGGUAUUCAUCUGUCUUCGGCCUCAAGAAGUUGUUUAUCACUUCAUUGGUGUUUAUGUGUCACCGAAACUAAUCCAUGUGUUGUGUCAGCAAUAGAGCAAAACAUAGAGUACUUGGAAAAGAUGUCUAACGCCAGCGCCGACUUCAGGAUCAGGAAAAUACAGCACUCGAUGUUACUCCAGAAGUUUAUCGAAGUGAUGACCGAAUAUAAUACCACACAAACGGACUAUAGGGAGAGGUGUAAAAAUCGGAUUCAAAGGCAACUAGAAAUCAGUGAGCAAUUGAUCCCAACUUCCUAUGCUCUGCGAUACUAA